UUUCAUGGAAAGUUCCAAAUUCGAUGAAGUUGUCUCGAAGUAUCGGAGGAUCUUGAAUAGUCGUAGCAUCGAAUACUUUGCUUCGUCGUCUUGGGAUUUGCUUGAAGAUGAAUGGAGAGAGUACCUGAAUCUAGAAUCGCUUGAAGACGUCAUAGUCUUCGUAAAUUCAUCGGAUAAUCUUGUGUCAGCUGAUUGCGCCUCUAUUCCACAUUCUCUGAGAGACUUGAAAGCAAAUCUUAAACUUUUCGAAUACAAUAGGAAAUGUGUGGAAAAUCCUUCAGAUCUUUGGCGUCAAUGGACAGGAACCACAAGAGAUGGGUUAAAUGCAUCUUUCCGUACAAUAUCGUCGGCGAAUGGAUUGGUAAGGAAGAGGAUUAAAGCGAAGAAACAACACGAAAUUGAUAGAAUUGUGGAAUUAAUCUCACAAAUUCAAAUAUUCCAGAAAGAUUCGGCAGAUCCCAUAGACAGUCUGGUGGAUAUUGGUGCUGGAAUUGGACAUUUAUCACGUAUGAUCUCAAUUCAUAAUAAUAUAUCGGUUAUGGCUGUGGAAGGAAACCAACAGUUCACAUUGGCUGCAAACUCGCUCGAUGAGAAAUUACUUCUGGAUUCUGCAAAAAUCGGAUCUCGCAUUGAAAAUUUCAACGUCAAAUCAACACCAAUUCGAUACACCAAUUUUGUAACCGAAGAUCUUGCUUUGAAAAUCGAUGAUUUUGCUGUAAACUCUGCAAUUUUGGUCGGUCUCCAUUGUUGUGGAGAUUUUUCGUCGACAAUUCUCAAAGUUUUUCAAAAAAGUGAAAAAUCGAAAGCCCUAGUGCUUUUUGGAUGUUGUUACCACAAAGAAUUUCAAUGCUUUCAUUUUUUACGACCAGAAAAUAAUGAAAAUGAACGAGAGAUUUCUGAAAAUACGUCUUUUGGAAAGUCAACAGUUUUUCCAUUGAGCAAGAAAUGGGAAAACGUCGAAAUAGACUAUUUACUUCGAGAAGCAGCUUGCCACAACAACGAGAAUCUUGAGGAACGAUUUCUGAAACAGAAGAUUGAUCUUUCACGAUAUGCUCGAUCAUAUCUGGAAAAAUGGAUUUGGAAAGUUUCCGAGUUGCCAGAAGAUCGGAAUAUCGGGAUGUGUUCGGUAAAAUGUAUUGAGAAUCAGACAACGUUUGAAGAAUAUAUUCGAAAAGCUAUGGCAAACCGGGGAAAUCAUUUACUGGAUAAAGUUUUGCAGAUAAUUCCACAAUCUGAACUAUCCGCUCAUGUCUCUUCUCUCCGAAGCUCUCAGUUCGAUUCGUUUGAAGUUCUCCGAUGCAUGUUUGCUCCAGCGAUUGAGUCAGCAAUUAUCGACGAUCGAGUGGAAUUGUUAAGGGAAAAUGGAAUAAAUUCUAGAGUUGUUCCACUCUUUGAACCUUCUAUUUCACCUAGAAAUCUUGCCAUCAUUGCUUAUAAAUAAACAUACUUUUGC